AUAUGGCCAGUAUUUUACAACACUCCGUACAUUAUAACAAAAGUGCUGCAUUUAAACGCUCAGAAUUGUGAAUUCAAGUCACGCGCCACUAUUUUUAUUAGUGUGUAUAUACGUGUAUAUAUAUAUAUACAUAUAUAUCGAUAUGUUUUGACCCGAUGUCAUCACCGAAUCGCUGCAUCUAAACGCGCCUUUUGUGAGAGUAUGAUGUGAUUUAACAGCUAACUUUAGUCAUUUCAGUGCCAGUGUCAAAGUUUUCUUCAUAAAGAAAACGUCAACGUUAUUAUUUAGAGGAUUGAUUUACUGGUAUUACUUUAUAAAACAUUUUGAGCAAAAUGUCGACUGUUUAUCUGCAAAAUAACGAUACACAAGUAAAAGUCAUGGAGGUUUGUGUUCCCACAACUGGUAAACAAUUGAUGAAUCAAUUGACAAAUAUCACUAAUUUCAAAGCUAACAACUUUUUCCUCAAAAACAAUGGAUGUUUGGUCAUGCUGGAUAAUGUAAUUUACAAGGGAGACAUAAUUCUUGAACCAAAACUUUUUGGAGGAAAAGGUGGCUUUGGAUCAAUGUUGCGUGCGAUCGGAGCACAAAUAGAAAAAACAACAAAUAGAGAAGCAUGUAGAGAUCUUAGUGGAAGAAGACUGCGAGAUAUUAAUGAAGAAAAAAGAUUAAAGGCCUGGAUUGACAAGCAAGCUAAUAGAGAGGAAGAAGCUGCUGAGCGAAAAAAGAAGAAAUUAGAGAAACUUCGUGCUGUACCAAAACAUGAAUUUAAAGACAAAUGUUAUGAAGAACAACGAUCUAUUCUGACUGAAAGAGUAGAAGAUGCUGUAGAAGUAGGAUUUGCUACUGCUGCUUCGACUUCAGCUGGUAAGAGAGUGUUAGAGCAAGGUAAAACAAAUCCAAAAAAAAAAUUAAAAACUAUUCUUGAUGAUGAUCUUGACUCUGAUGAAUUGAGUUCUUCUGAUAAUGAAGAUGAAAAGAUGACAGAUAAAAAGCAGAAAUUUGAAACUGAUAAAUCUGAUUCAGAAAAUUCUUCCAUCAAUCAAAGUAACAGUAAUGUAGAUGAUGCUGUUCAACCUACGGACAGAUCACCAGGCUCCAAUGAACAAUCUGAUAGCAGCAGAUAAUUUCCUUUAUCUGGUUUUAAUUGAAGAAUUUCCAAAAUAUAGUUAGGUACGUUAGUUAUAACUUAUCUGAUAGUUUAAUAAUGCAAUUUAAACAUUUUGUACGCUGUAAAUUCUAUGAAUGUUCCAAUUGGAAAAUGAUAUUACAUAAAUGUAAGAGAGUCAAGUAUUUAAGAAAAUAAAUAUAUGAAAUUUU